ACCAGAGAGGCGAAGUAAUGGAGCAAAACGCGCAAGAUUACAAGCUAAUAUUUGAGAAGGAAGGGGUGUACCUGCACACAAAUGCCAAGAGGAGCAACCAGGACACCAUCCCAGGGUUCAUCCGGAUUGUGGAGCGGGCUGGGUUGCCAGCUUUAGAAUGGAGUCCGCUGGAGGAUGAAGGCCGCUGUGCCCCUGCUGUACUUUACGCCAAAAAGGAUGGAGAGGGAGGGGAGGAGGUUACAAACUUUGACCCUGGGUACGAGCCAGACUGGGCUGUUAUCAGCACGGUGAAGAAAGAUCGGGAACACGUCCCCGUCAAAGAUUCAGAUCAGUGGUCGUUCUCGCUGCCUCUCUCAGAGCUGUACUCUCUCCGGAGGGCCCGGUGGUCCUUGGGUCGAAACUUCCUGGUGUUGACUAGUAGAGGAGGCCACCCUCUGCCUCCUCUGCACUUCCACAGAGGAGGAACCAGAGAGCUGCUGAGGUCCCUGCAACGUUACAUCAUCCUGGACCAGUCACCGGUUGACGGGCGUCUCUUCCUCGCCUACCCACAUGACUCCGGCGCUCUGUCUCAGUCCUUCGACAAGUUGCAGCUGCUCGACGAUGGAGGCUCUGAUCUCGUCUCGAGAUUUAUCCAAGACCCCUAUGCCACUACGUUUGGUGGAUUCUCCAAAGUCACAAAUUUCUUCAGGGCAGCUAUUCGGCCUCCGGAUUCCCCGUUCCACCUACGUACUGGUCAGGAUCCUAGUUUGCCCUCCCAGGCUGAUGACGAGCCUGGCUUUGAGCUCAUAACCUGUGGUGUGGAGCUCGGCCCCAGACCAAAUGUAAUGAGGGGGCCACCUCUGGAUAAAUGGGACGUGUUCUUGGACCCUGAGGGGCGAGUGAAGGACCCAGAGAAGAUUAAAGACCUUGUGUUCAGAGGGGGUAUCAAACCAUCGCUAAGAAAGGAGGCCUGGAAGUUCCUCCUGGGCUUUUAUCCGUGGAACAGCACCGCCAAAGAAAGAGAAGCGAUUCUGCAGGUCAAAACGGACGAAUACUUCAGAAUGAAGGUGCAGUGGAAGUCGGUGAGCGAAGAGCAGGAGAUGAGGAACUCCCUCCUCAGAGGAUACCGCAGCCUGAUAGAAAGAGACGUCAGCAGGACGGACAGACACAACACGUUCUUCUCUGGGAACGACAACCCAGGACUGACUCUGCUCCACGAUGUGCUGAUGACGUACUGCAUGUACAACUUUGAUCUCGGUUAUGUGCAGGGGAUGAGUGACCUCCUGGCCCCUCUGCUGUUCGUCACCCAGAACGAAGUGGAGUCCUUCUGGUGUCUGACAGGCUUCAUGGACCUGUUGCACCAGAACUUUGAAGAGUCUCAGGAGGCGAUGAAGCAGCAGCUCCUUCAGCUCAGUAUCCUGCUGAAGGCUCUGGACCCGGAGCUAUGUGACUUCCUGGACUCUCAGGACAGCGGCUCUCUGUGCUUCUGUUUCCGCUGGCUGCUCAUCUGGUUUAAGAGAGAGUUUUCCUUCGAGGACAUCCUCAUUCUGUGGGAGGUUCUCUGGACUCGUCGACCAUGUGACAACUUCCACCUGCUGAUCGCCUGCUCCAUCCUCCAGUCCCAGAGAGGAGAGCUGAUCGGCUCAGACCACGACUUCAAUACUAUACUGAAACACAUUAAUGAACUGACCAUGAGGUUGGACCUGCAGACUGUCCUACGUGGAGCAGAAGCCAUCUACCUGCAGCUGGUUCAGUGUAAGGAGCUUCCCCUGAAGGUGCUGGAGGUUCUGGGUCUCUACGUCCCGUCCAGCUCCGAGGAGGAGAGUCCGGACUCGCAGGUCAGCGAGACGCAGCGACUCCUCAGCCAACCGGAGGCAGGAGCUGCUUCGUCUAGAGCAGCAGGAGCAGCAGGAGCAGCAGGUGGUCCUCCUGCCCCCACCUAUCCUUAAACCUGAAGGCAGACUGACAAACACCAAGAAAUAUGGAAGAAUGGAAGAAGAGAAGAUAUUUAUACAUGAAAAAGAAAUAACUAUAUACUGUGUCUGCUCUGGUGGGAGAAGGAGACGGUUUGAUGAAGACUGUUGUUACUUUCUGUCAGAGGCAGGGGGCGUCGUUGAGGCUUUUUUUUUCUUUUAAUGUAUAGCCAUGAAUGUUAUUACCCAACACAACACUAUAGCUGUGUGUGCAGUGCUCUUUUCUUUUUGGUGUCACGUUUACAUGUCCGGUGUUUCCCCUGAAGAGUCCUGCCAUCCUUUCAUCUUCUCUUCAUCCGGUUUUUUCUUGUUUGUUGCUGUUGUUUUACUUCUUUUUUUCUUUUUUUUUUGCUUAAUAACUGUACCUGUACGUGCAUUUUGUUAGUUUUACCCCUUUUUUUGUCACCUCUGUCCCCCUCGCUGCUGCUCCUGAAAGGGGAAGAAGAUGAAGGACCUUGUUGAUACUGUGUGAUGCCAUUCCAGCCCCUAUGCAAUGUUUUCUUUUUUUUUGCAUGCCUUAUAGAUUUCACCUGCAGCAUGGUAAUGUUAUAAGCUUUGUAAUUAUCUGUAUAAUGGCAUAAUAACAUUUUCAUCUGCUGAUUAUUACAAAUAAACGGUGA